GCUUCAGAUUUGAAAUUAAUAAAGUCCAAUGUGAAUUGCUUUGUAUACUUGUUUGAUACUAUUUGUAAUGAGAAUAGUGGAUGUAAUCUCUCGCUAUCUAAUGUCAAAAUUUAGUACGUUUACUGAAUUUGAUGUGAGUUGAAAUUAAAUAGAACGCGAUAACGUUUUUAUAUAUUAGAUCAUAAACGCGUGUAAAUAAAAUGUUUUCUUGAAAGUAUAAUUCAAGGGGCUGACAUCGGAACAGAAGUGAAGCUGCGAUUAAGUGCAAGAUUCAUCCACCACCACCAAUCAAGAGAAGUGUACAUGACUUCAAGUACACCUAAUACAAUAAUCGGUAGUAAUUAACGAUUCAGACUAGAUGUUAACAAAUGCUAUUAUUCAAGUGCUGUUGAGCCCGACUUUCACGACAAACUGCGUUAGAAGAGUAUUUUAACUCGAAGAUCAAGUAUGGCGGAUGACUCGAGCGAUGAUGUUAAAAAUUGGGGCUUACCAAAGACCAUAGAAUGGUUGGAAAAAAAUAAUGUUUCUGAUCAAGGAUUACAAAAUUUGGAACAACUUCAUGAUCUAGUUCGCGCAGAAAUGGACAAGAAAAUAAGAAAAAAAUACGACUCAGAUGUAUACAACAAGUUGCAUGUUGAAAUGGCAAAUAUAUUGGCAAAGAACACCCAGAUGAAAGAAGAAAUUGUGCACAUGUACGAUGCACUAAUUGCCUUUUUUGGAAGAAAAUUACCAGACGAAAUUAAGAAAUGCAUUCAGAAAGUUUAUGGCCUUGACAUCCAUCAGAAGAUUCUAAAGAACAAAGAAGAUUUUUCAAACAAGAAAUGUUCAAUAGUUGUUACAGGAGAAACAAGCGCAGGUAAAAGCAGCUUCCUUAACCUACUGCUCGGAGAAGUGGUCCUACAUAGCUCCCUGUUAUGUUCGACAAGAAGGCUGUGUCACAUACACUCAAUACCCGCUGGUAGUCAGUGGUACUUUGAAGUCACGAUGGAGGAUGGUUCAAUCAUACCGCAUAAAAAAUAUGAAAAGAAUGAUAAGGAGAAAUUUGUUAAAGAUUUAGAAGAAUGUGUGACCAGUAAAGAUACUUCAGUACAAAAAGUUGAUAUAUACUGGCAUGUGCCGUUGUUGGGCGACAACACGCACGUGACCUUAGUUGAUUCACCUGGUAUUGGAGACAAUCAAGAGUUAUCCGAAGAACUGCUAAAUUACUUACCGAAUGCAAGUGCGCUUAUUUUCGUAAUUAACAGCUCAAACUGCGGUGGAGUCCAAGGUGAUAAGUUGGGGAAGAUUUUCAGCAGACUGAAUAGUGAAAUCAAAGACAAAAACCUUUUCAGCUUUGAUCCAACAUGCACGAUGUUUAUCCUAAACAAAUGGGAUGCAAUCGAACAAAGGAGAGAUGUUGAACAAGGUUUAGAAGAGAAAGUUUGGAACAACACUUUAGAUAAGUUGACAGAAAACCUAACUGGAUUCUCUUGGGAGACAUGCAUGUACAAAAUGAGCACACAAGAUGCAAUCACAUACAGGGGUUGUGGAAUGGUUAACGACAAAUAUCGCUUCAUGUUAACUGGACUGAAGCAACUUGUGGCUUCUAGUAUGUCAGUUAACUGCAAAAGGCAUUGUAGGUGGCUAACCGACCUAAUUGAAGAGAUUCAGAAGGGUCUAACAAUUAGACUUGCAGACGCGAAAUCAAAGUAUGAAGACAACGACAAAAAAUACAAAGAUGCGUUAUUAAGGUUAUCACAACUUCGUCAGGAUGUCGAUUCCAUUCGUGUAGAUUUGGAACUAAAAUGCUCCGAGAAAUGCAAAGAAAUGGCGGCUAAAAUGCAUGACCAUAUUCAUUCUGUUGAUGUGCAAGCUCAGCUUAAAGGAAGAAUCAACAUUGAUAUAGCACCAGAUGAAGACCUUAUUAAAAAGUCUGUACUACAGCAAAUUGAUAAAUUGAUAUUAGAAGAAGUUAAAGAUUUUGAAAAAAGGGAAAAGAUCAUAGCCACAGCUCGAGAUCAGAUUAGAAUGGACAUUAACAAAAAAUAUCAUAUUCUUAUAGAGAAGCUAGUGGAUGUUGAAAAGUCAAUCGAAAAUAAGAAAUCUGAAGGUGCGUCUGAAGAAGAACUCGAGAUGUCCAUUGGAGGUAAGGUGUUGAUAGGAGUCGGUUUAACAAUUGGCAUCCCAGUAGCUGUAGCGCUUGGAAUAGCACUUAUACCAUUUACUCUACCGGCUACCAUCGCAGUCUUUUGGAAGAGAUCAAAAGCGAUAAGAAGGCUUUUAGACCACCAGGAAGAAUUAAAAGACGAAUGUUUAAAGAGUGUGUUGCAACAGGCUAAUAAAGAUGUGUUUAAUAAAUAUGUGAAUGAACAUCAUCUUCCACAACUCAAAAAACAAAUGGAUUAUAUUUCGAAUGAAAUUCCAAGGAAAAUAGAAGGUUUAGAACAACAAGUAAAGGAUAUGCAGAACAAGCGACUGAGUUCAAAGGAGAUUAAAGAAAUGUACGAACCAGCCCUGGAGAGUGUUAAAAGUAUGGUCUUUACUUUGCAAAAGUUUAAUCUAACACAUAUUUCAAUGUGGAAUAUUGAUGUCGGUAGACUCAGGAUAACAAAAGAAAUAUGUGCGAGUGAUUCUCUCAUCGUGUAUGCGGCUAAAUUAUGCUCAGAUGAAGAAGAAAGUACAGUUGUUAUCAAACUUUUGCCAGAAGCCACGACACAAAACUAUUUGAAGAUAGUUGAAGUAUUAAGCGAUUUAAGAAAGACGAACCAUAAAAAUGUGGUUGCCUUCAUUGGAUUCUGCUACACGGAUUGCAUGCCUGCAAUCGCGUCAAGGGACUGUAUUUUAACAACGGUGCAGUUUAAAAAUUCGCGACUGAUGACAGUUUUUGAAAUGUGUGAUACAACGUUAGAAGAUUACAUGCGUAAUCAUAACGACCUCAUAUGCGGAAAUACACAGAAAAGAACAUAUGAGAAAAGCGCACUCAACUUCUUUUGCACAUCUGGUCUGUCAAUCUGUGCAGGAAUGGUACACAUGUACGAACAAAGACUUUUGCACAUCUUUAUAAAUCUGAACAACAUUAUGAUUAACAAGGAGCACGUCAAAAUCAACCCACCCAUGAUCGUUCCGUUUUCAAUAAUUCAACGGGAAUGGCCAAGGGCUCCUGAGUUGGCAACGGAACAGUACACUAACGAGACGGAUGUGUUCUAUUUAGGGAAAGUGUUAUGGGAGCUGUGGUAUGGAAGAAAAGCGAAUGGGCCCACUCGCAGCUCAGCAGACGAAUGCGAGAGGCUUCCAGACUGUAAAUUGAAGCACGCUAUGCCCGAAAAACUCGCGCAAAUUGUCCGUAAAUGCUGGGAGGCCAAUCCAAAGCAUCGACCUUCCCUGAGCGAAGUGAUGGCAGUUCUUGGCCAAGUCCAAGUUAUGUAGAAACAGCCAACGCUUAUCGAUUAUUCGAGUUAUUGUAUCAAUUUUUUCAAAAUCAACAUUAUUUGUGAUAUUGUGCAAUGAUACAUGCAUCUGCAUUGUACGUCGGAUAGCCGAUUUGUUUAUUAUUGUUGAUAUCUUUCAAUGAUUGUAUGUUUAUUUGUAAUGUUAAAUUUAGUGUAUGGAUAUGUGUAUUCUUAUUUGCUGUUAUGUUUACAAACCUAUCGUUUAUAUUAGAGCACAAAGUGUCUUAAUGUUUAGCCUUUAUUUUUAUAAUGUUAUUUAGUGUUGUAUUUAUAGUAUCUAAGUGUUUAUACCAUUGAAAGAAAGAGCAGACAAUACUGGAAUUUAAUACAAUUAAAAAAAUCAUUUAUGCUUUUUAUAUUUUAUUCGAGACAUGUUUUUCAGUAAACUUUGCCGAACGAAUAUUUAUACCCACGUUAAACAAUAAAUAUUUCAUUAAGAAAGGUUAAAGUCACAUGUAUUGAUGAGAAAAGUAACUUCUCUGUUUUAGUGUGCUAUGUGCUUGUACUUGCUAUUGAAACACCGACAAACAAUGAAAACAUACUUUUAAUUGUUCUGCAUUUUUCUUCAAGUGCGUUAACCGAUAACAAGUUCCCUACACAUUUCUAUUUGACCUAUAUAACUAAUAUAAUAUAAUAAUCCUCUAAUUUGGAAUGAUAAAGCCAUACGCGUGAGUUAAUUAUCAUCAUUUUGCUGUUAAGAUCUAGCUCAUAACUAAAAGUUAAUUUAAGUACAUUCGAAUAUUAUGACUGACCAGUAUCCAAUGUAUUCAGAAAAGAAUCGUAAUGAGUCAAGUAGUCUUAACUUUUGUAGAGAACUGGAUCGUUAUUCAUAAAUCAAAUAGUUUUGUUUAUAUUUCACUUCAUUUUUCUUUCAUAUAAUACUCAAUUAAAACAAUUAAAUUGAUGUUAAGUCUGUUUCAAUAUGAUUGUAUUUCUAGUGCGUUUUAGUAUUCAACAAUGGAAAGUUGUUGAGAUAUUUAAACGAUACGUUUUAUAAGUAUCUGGAUAUAUCGUUUUUCAUCGGUAUUUAUUGAUACCAAGUUGGUGAACUAUUGUUUUCGUGUUAUUUUCUGGCAUUCCAGUGAUACAAAUGGCAUCAAUACAGUAGUGUGCGCGAUUAUACUGAAAUCAAAUAACAUAUAACGAUUCGAUAUCAGGUAUAAUCUCUUUCUUUAAAACGUUAGUUUUUUCUUUGUUUAUUUGUUAUUAAGAUUAUCUAUUCACACCUCUCCGGGGUAAGCUGUUUUCACAUGAACAUGUGCUAUUUACUGAAACUGGCCUUUUUUAGUCACAGGCAGGAAGGGGAUGGCAUUGCCAAUUAUAAUAUGACCAUCACAAACGGGCCAAAAUCAAACCCGCGAUACUUGGUUUUUGUAGAACAGCAUUAUUUAUGUCAAAUACACACCCAUUUUUGGUACUAUAUUUAAUAAUAUUUUAAUUUUAAACAAUAAUCGCAUGUCUUUGGAAAAAAAGAUAUAAGAAAAAUAAGAAUAUGAAAAAAAAACACAUGGAUUAAAACGAUCAUAUUUAUAAACAGCGGUCGAUGCUUUACUUUUUUUUAUAAAAAAAUCAUGUCUGUAACAUUGUAAUUUGAGGUCUUAUGUAUGGGUGUAUAAUUAUGUUUUUAUGUGUUAUAUUUUGCUUUAUUUAUUAUAAACUAUAUGAUACAAAUAUAAUCAAUUGAUAACACAUAUUCAAUGAUGCCAAAAUAUUCAUGUUAUCGCUGACGAUUCGUUUCGUUUGCGGUCUUUGAGAUGCGUGAUUAACUCUGCGAGAUUGCGUAAUUUCUUGUAAUUGUUUUUUUUAACAACGGAUGAGCGCGAGUAUAUUGAUUGUACUAAAAGUAAUCGUAUUGUCAAACUAGAAUUAGAGUUAAGAAGUUCAUAACGGACUGUUUUAGAACUUUUUGGAUUCUGGUCUAGCCCACGUACAUUUAACAUAAUAAAUGUACUAGUUGUUCUCCAACAAAUACGAUUAAAUAUAUCGGUGACGGUUUAGAACGCCGAAUCAAAUUGACGUUAAUGGAAUGUUUUUAACUCGGUAAUAGUAUGUUUUAUUUUAUUUUCAUUGAACAUUCUGGUUCAUUAUUCAGAGAUGUUUGGAGCAUGAAAAAUAAUUGUUUGACACAACAGUCGUAUUUCAGUGUAAAACGAAACCCAAAAUGACGCAUUGAUAUACGUGCUUUUGUUGUAUGUUUAUUGUUAAAUUCAACGUUUGUUCCAUUAUUAGAUUAUUAAUAUGUGAUCAGAGUUAUGUUUUGUUGUUAAUGUUUGUUAUUAUUUGGUUUAUGUUUCAAUAUGCGACAUUUACGUUUUCGGUUGUAAAAAGCAUUUAUGUCGUAAUAUAUUAUACGCACAUUUUAAUUGUUCUGUGUACACACUAACAAUAAAAAUUCCGUUCAUA